GCCCAAAAGCGGGUAGCUAACCUCCAGAACGUAUGUACUUGAUCCUCACGGUAUUGGACCUGACGGAAUCCCUAUGAGAGAGGGCUGAGCUGAAUCCGGGGUGACGUAAUAACGUACUGUAGACCUGUUAUGCGCUGCUUCUACGUUGUCGAGCUCUGGGCGCGAGCAACAAACAAACAUAUUCCAAGCGUCAGUGAUUAGGCCUAUUAUUCGCGUGAAUAUUGAGGACAAAGGACAAGGUGGAUACUAUUUACACGAUAAUAACAUCGUUGGCAACCUGCUUAAACAUGUACCACUCGGACCACAUAGUCGAUUUCCUUGACCUCUCCUUCACCAUCCCAAUCCCUGGAACCUUGGGCCUAGCAUUAAACCACUGAACCAACCCACUGUCCUAUAUCCCUCCACAUAUCCUAUACCCCCACCCCAGCACUUACACAGCCUUUUCCCCUACAACCUGUCUAAACCCCCAUACCCGGAGGACCAUGGACAGGCCCUCCAAGCUGUCUGGCGAGACCCUGAUCGUUCAUCACAUCCCCCUGGUACACUGCCAGGUGACCGGGGGUCGGCAGGGCUACAGCGGAGGAGGAGGGGGGUCCCUGAAGAGAUCGAACCAACCAGAGAACCUGGGCUUGAGCCCCACCACCUCCCUCCCUGAGCGAGAUGUACUUCAGAGGGAAGCCCUGGUGUACAGCAGCCUCAUCCAGACCUCUACAGGAGGAGGAAGAGAAGGAAGAGGGGGAGGAGAAAGAGAAGGAAGAGGGGGAGGAGAGUGUGUAGGACAUGGAGGAGAGAGAGGAGGAGGACGAGGAGUAGGAGAACGAGGAGAAGGAGGGAGAGGAGAAGGAGGGAGAGGAGAAGGAGGGAGAGGAGAAGGAGGACGAGGAGUAGGAGAACGAGGAGAAGGAGGGAGAGGAGAAGGAGGGAGAGGAGAAGGAGGGAGAGGAGAAGGAGUAGGUGGCGGCAGCACAGGGAGCGAUAAUUUGUCUGUGACGUCCAGUAACUCGGAGGACCAGGUGAUGGUGGACAACACUCUGCUCAGGGUGAAACCAAGGGAACAGGCCAACAACCCUCUCCGGCUCCGCCACAACCCUUUUCUGCUCAACACGGAGGAGGAGGAUGAUGACGAGGAGGAAGAGGACGAAGACGAUAGUGAUAAUCUCAACGGUUACCUGGAAGAUUCAUCCUUCCAUCUCCAUGGCAAUACAAACUCCGCCCUAGAUGAGGAGGAAGACGGGGUCACGCCCUUUCACCUCCACGACCUGGGGUUCACCACACACAACCCCUUCCUGUUGCAAAGCACCCUGGGAAAGCACUCCUGGGGCUGCUCUGGGGGACGGGAUUCCCUCAGGGGUGUUGCCUCCGAUCUCUCCGCCCACCUGGAGGGCCUAGACCUGCUGGUAUUGGAUGGUCCUCGCCGACACGGCAGCAGCGGCUCCACCCUCUCCAUGGACUGCGGAGAGCAGGAGUGGGCCGAGGAUGAUGAGGAGGAGGAGGAAGACCCAAUGAGGGGGGGUGGGAGGAGCAGUAGCCAGGCUGACUCGUCUUCCUCCAGCUCCGCCCACCAGCUCUGCUCCUGCUACGGCGUCUCACAGACGUUUCACGAACACUUCCCAGAACAGUUUUCCCAGUCGUUGGAAUGCCAGCUGGGCUACGGCAGUGAAUCGUCCUGCAACAGCUCGGAUGGCAUGCUGGUCAACUUCAGUGCCAUUUAUAACAAGAUCAAUAACAGUGUCCCUUCGACCUCCUCUGAGCCACCUCCUCCUGCCACGACCACCAACCUGAACAGUUCCACUGACCACUCCUACACCUCCUCUGUCUGCACCUCUUCUGUACUGGAUGGGGAGGCAGGGAGCCCAGGAAGAGCCAGAGACAGGGGUGCUUUCUACCUAGACCUCCACACUUCCCCCACCGAGCCCCCCAACUCUCAUCAACCAUCUUGCUCCUCCAAUAGCACCCUGUCGUUUGGACUCCACUCCUACACCAACACCUCCGCAUGCAUGGGGGCGCUAGAUCUGGACGCCAACUGCAAUUCCUACCAGCCUCCCCACCACUCAGACUCAGGAAGUGACCUCACAUCCUGUCUGCAGAGCCCGGCCCGUCUCGUGGUAGCCACCCAGAACUACUACAAGUUGGUGACCUGUGACCUUUCAUCUCAGUCGCCACCGAGCCCUGUGGGAAGCUCCGCGUCGUUUACCAGCUGCUCUGACGAGCACAGCAAGGAAAGCCCUGCUCCCGACACGCCCAACACCACCCAGCCAACCGAAUACUACCUGUUCAGACGGCCACCUGGGGGAGAGGAAAAGGAGGCCGAAGAGGAAGAUGAGGAGGGAGAGUUGUCACAGCGUGAUGAAAAUGAGGAAGAGGAUGAGGAAGAGGAGAGAAAGAAGAGGGAGCAGCAGCAGAUGGGCGGAGCCUGUUCAGACCUCAUCAUCGAGGGACAGGUGUACAUUAACAUCUCCCCUCCCGUGGUUGACCGAGGACCCAUCGGAGGCGGGACUCCCCAAUCCCGUAGCUACGACCGGAACCUGGACAAGUCCCCGCCCCCUCGGCUUGGCUCAUUGGAGCGCAUGCUGAGCUGCCCUGUUCAUCUCAGUGAGGGCGCCGUCCCCCUCGGCCCUCCCACUCCGCCACGGGUCACUUCCUUCGCUGAGAUCGCCAGGAGCAAGAGGAAAAAUGGAGGAAGCACUGGCUCUCCUUCUCUCAGGACGGGGGGAUGUUCAGAUCCCUUCUCCUCCACCCACUCGGCCCACUCCCACUCCUCGGCCCACUCCUCGUCCUCGACCCACUCCCACUCCUCUGCCGACUUCUCCCCCAUCCUGGAGGGCCUGGGUCAGGGUCCGAGCCACAGUGUGCCCUUCCAGCGCUGCUCCAGCCAGGGCAGUGUGGACCGCCCUGGUGGUGGCGCCAGAGAAACACGCUCCACGGCUGAAGGUGGUCUCUCCAGCUCUUCGUGCAGCUCUGCUGUUGUCCGCUACACUAAAGACCAGCGUCCUACCACCCUCCCCAUUCAACCCUUCACCUUCCACCACCAGUUCUCCAAGCUGUCCCAGCCCAAACCCAUUCUUCCCCUGCUGACGGGCUACGUUUCUGGGAUGCAGGCGCGGGGUGGAGGGCCUUCUGGAGGUCCAGAGGGGUCUGAUGGAGUCGAAGACUCUUUGCGUCAGAGUGGGGGUACGAUGGGUGGGAUGGUAUCAGCGGUGGCUCCGCUCGGCCCUGGCUCUGUCCGGCCCUCGCCGCUGGGUAGCUAUUCCCCCGUCCGUCUCCAGGGGCUGACCUCCACUUCCUGUUCCAGCCCCCAGACUCCUCGCAGCCUCUCCUGCCCCCUGUCGGCCGAGCUCCUGCCCCUCCACCAUACCCAUCCACCACCAGCACGACUGGCGGCUGCCCCUCUGCCUCCCACUCCUCCACCUCCGCCCCAGGGGGUGAAGUGGGGUGCGGUGCCCCCCAUGCUGCCUCCGGUCCAGGGCCAGGUGCAGGGUCAGUGUCACCAGCACUACCACCGUGGGACCCUCCCCGCCCUUCCGGUCGUGCUCCAGGACAGUGAGAUUUCACUGCGAUACGAGGAGACGUCAGACUCUGUGGAGGGGAGCAGAGGACCAGGGUCCGUGACACAACAUGGACACCACCUCUCUCCCCAGACUCUGAAAUGGAGGGAGUAUCGUCGUAGGAACCCCCUGGGGGUGGAGAGGUGUUUCUCUGGGGGAUCCGGCGUACCUGCCCUAUCAGGCAGUCUGGAUGGGAAUGGUCGUCGGGGCAAGGCCAGGGGACAGCGAAUCACACGACGGAAUGUGUUUGACUUCCCUCCGGCCUCUAGUGGCCACGCCCCCCUGGGACGACUCAAUGGCCAGUCUGUGAAGCAGCUGCAGCAGUACUACAGUGACUUCCUGCCAGACUACUUCUCCCUGACGGAGCGUCCUCCAGACGAGUUCUGUCUCUCUCCUGACGCCUCCUCUUCGUCAUCGUCCUCCACUUCCUCACAAUCCCACAUCUCUGUGAACCUGCAGCAGAAGAGAGGUUUAGUCAAAGCCAUCAAUACAGCGGUAGAUUUAAUCGUGGCUCAUUUUGGCACAAGUCGGGACCCUGAUGUUAAGGCGAAGCUGGGUAACAGUUGGGUGAGUCCCAACGUGGGCCACCUGAUCCUGAAGUACCUGUGUCCGGCCCUAAGGGAGGUGCUGGGGGAUGGGCUGAAGGCCUACGUCCUGGACCUGAUCAUCGGACAGAGACGCAACCAGCCCUGGAGCCUGGUAGAGGCCUCCACACAACUAGGCCCAUCCACCUGUGUUGUCCACAGCCUGUUCUCCAAGGUGUCCCAGUACUCAGAGCUCACCAGCCACAGCAUGAGACUCAACUCAUUCAUCUUUGGACUGCUGAACUUGCGAUCUUUGGAAUUUUGGUUCAACCAUCUCUACACUCAUGAAGACAUCGUAGCGGCUCACUACCACCCGUGGGGUUUCCUGCCGUUGUCCCAGGGGCCGUGCCAGCCUCUCUUGGAGGAGCUCCUCCUCCUCCUUCAGCCUCUGUCUCUGUUGCCCUUUGAUCUGGAUCUGCUCUUUGAGCCGCAAUUGGUCCAGAGGAACCAGGAACACCUGAGAAGCAAGGAACAGCUCUGCUCCGCCUCCGCUGGCCAGGGCCUGGACCAAUCAGCAUGCUCCACCUUCCAGCUCAUGAGGGGGUGGAGCUCUGAGUCACGGAGAGCAGAUUCUAUGAGAGAAGGGGCGGAGGUUAAAAAGGAAGGAGGCGGGGUGGGGAACAGAGAAAGGUUGGGGCUGAGACGAGAGGGGACGUGGCCUAGGAUGGAAGGGGUUGGAGAGAGAGGGAGGAGAGAGGGGAUGAUGCAGAGGAUGGGGUCGAGGAGAGAGGGGGUGGGGAUUGUAGAAGCACAGCCAAUGACAACCGAAGUAGGGACAGGAUUUGCAAACCUGUGGAGAGAGAGCGGGAGGGGGAAGGGCACAGGAAAGAGAGUGAAGGGGGUGGGAGGAGUAAGCCAUGAGGAGGAGGGAGAGAAGGAAGAGAGGAGGAAGGGGAUAGAGAGGGAUUGGGCGGAGGAGGGUCGUCAGCAGCAGGAGCGUGAUCGCCAGGCGGGCUGGUGGUACCAGCUCAUGCAGAGUUCCCAGGUCUACAUCGACCAAUCAGCUCAGGGUGGGUCAAAGUUCGUUAAGAGCGAGAAGAGGAAGAAGUCUGCAGAGAGGCGGAGCCAGAGUCAGCACCCACUCCCCAGGAAGGGUGUUGUGGAAGGGGCAGAGUCUAGCCAGGAAGAGGAGGUUCUUAGGGAGAGAAGCAGGAAGAGCAGCUCCAGUGGUGAGUGGAUGGGGUCCAGAGGAAGAGGAAGACCAUCCUGGAUGGGGAGUCCCCCAGAGUCAGUGCUCACCCAGGACAAGGAGAAAGAGAAGGAUCCAGGAACCGCAAGGGCCACAGAAGCCACAGCGACCCAGCCAGCAGCCCAGACUGAAGACCCCUCCCAGGGCCAGAGCAUGCGCUGGGUCAGACUGUUUGGGUCCAGCAUGGGUGGUGGUGGCCCCCCCUCCAGGCCAGAUGGAGCAGAGCAGAGACCAUCCAAAAGCAAGAGGAGCAGCAGGCUGCCGUCUGGAUGGCUGACAGGUCUGGACAUGUCCGUGCUGGACCUCUUAGCCCAGACGGUGGGGGUGGGGACAGUGAAGAGGGUGGAGCCUUCAGCUCCUCCGGCCCCUCCCACUCUGAACCAACCCUCUCCACCUCCUCAGCCACCACAGGAGACCCAAACCAAACAGCUGUGUGAGGUGCGUGCCCUGUGCCACCACAUAGCCACAGAGCCUGACCAGCUGAGUUUCCAUAAAGGGGACGUACUGAGUGUCCUGAGCCGGGCUGACUCCGACUGGCUCCUCUGCUCCCUGGGGGCCCAGCGGGGCCUGGUGCCUUUCAUCUACGUUACCCUGAGGGGUCUGGAGGACAGCCAGGCACCCCAAGAGCCUCAGGGGCCACUCUGACCUGACCGACUCAACUAGGAUUCCAAAAUUCAGGUUUUCCAGGAAUCCUGGUUGGGAGAUUCCUGGAAUCAGGAGGGAAUAAGUAGGACAUCUGUAUAUCCUCCAACCUAGGGAUUUCGGGAAAGUUGUCGGAACCCUAGACUUGCAACCCUAGACUGAACCCAGGGCCCAGAGGCCACAGUAGAGGAUGAGGGUGGAAGGUGGAUAGGGGAAAAGGAUUCAGAGGGCCAAAGAUGGAUAUACAGCAUACUACAGCACAAGACGAUGGGAUACUCAUGGAGAAGAGACCUUGAUAUGACUGGUUUAAAGUGUAAUUAUUGUACUAUGGAGAGGCGUAUGAAACACACACACACUCACUCACACACACACACACAGACAUAAACAUGCAUUAAUGUGCAAGCAUGCAGGCACAAAUACGCUAUUACUUCCCUAUGUAUGGAUGUCCACUAAACUCACACACACACACCAAACUGCCUGGGGAUAUUUUACAGAAAGGAGACAAGGCUAGCUACUGACUGCCUUGGCCCCAUCACACACUGUAUACUAUCCCUAGCUGUCUAUCAUUCAUCUAGCUGUGCCACUCUUUGAAUGCCAAUGCUAUGCUAACGCGCUAAUGCUAAUGCUAGUUCUAAUGCUAGUGCUAAUUCUAAUGCUAAUGCUAAUGCUAGUUCUAAUGCUAAUGCUAGUUCUAAUGCUAGUUCUAAUGCUAGUGCUAAUUGUUAAUGGAACAUUUCAGAGACUGGUUAAAGGACUUGUCAUCCAAUGGAUCCACGCCGACAUGCUUUUCUCUGAGGUUCAUUCACCCAGAGAUCCCCUGCUUUGUAGUAGGACGUAAGUAGGAAAAGUAGUUUUGUUAUAAAACAGAAAAUAAAAGCUUUCUUAGUGUGUGUGAUAUAGCUGUCGACAAUCUCCACAUCUCUUUGUGGAGUAAAUACAAAUGGACAACAGGUUUAAACUCGCUUCUUCAUUACAAAUGAACAACCGGUUUAAACUUGCUUCUUCAUUACAAAUGGACAACCGGUUUAAACUUGCUUCUUCAUUACAAAUGGACAACCGGUUUAAACUUGCUUCUUCAUUACAAAUGGACAACAGGUUUAAACUUGCUUCUUCAUUACAAAUGGACAACCGGUUUAAACUUGCUUCUUCAUUACAAAUGGACAACAGGUUUAAACUUGCUUCUUCAUUACAAAUGGACAACCGGUUUAAACUUGCUUCUUCAUUACAAAUGGACAACAGGUUUAAACUUGCUUCUUCAUUACAAAUGGACAACCGGUUUAAACUUGCUUCUUCAUUACAAAUGGACAACCGGUUUAAACUCGCUUCUUCAUUACAAAUGGACAACCGGUUUAAACUUGCUUCUUCAUUACAAAUGGACAACCGGUUUAAACUUGCUUCUUCAUUACAAAUGGACAACCGGUUUAAACUUGCUUCUUCAUUACAAAUGGACAACAGGUUUAAACUCGCUUCUUCAUUACAAAUGGACAACCGGUUUAAACUUGCUUCUUCAUUACAAAUGGACAACCGGUUUAAACUUCUUCUUCAAUCUCCAGAUUCCUGAUUUUCAUCAUCUUGUUAACGCUAUGGGUGUGUUCCUCUGCCCAGGCGUUGCUGACGCCAGAUCUUACAAAGGUUGGAUACGUAUUUUACGUAUCGGCUAACCACAUCAUCUGUAUGUUAUAGCAACCUGUCAGGACGUGGCACCACCAAUGAUUACCAACGAUGGACUGUCAAACCUGACUCUGAUUGGACAAGCCCAAUAACAUCCUCUGGCUCCUCCCUUCACAUCCUGUUGUUUUGAUGGAUGGGACGAACUGACCUAUCACUGCAAUUGUCAGGAAAGAAAAGGGCAGAGCCGGGCCAAGUGCAUGUAACCUAGCAACAGACGGACAACGUUUUGUGUCUUUUUACAGUGUCUUCACCCCUGUUCUGACCCCAAAACCCUAGCUCCUCCCACCUACCCCGCCUCUCUACCCCUUAACCAAUACAACUGCACAGCUUUAGGAGGAGCUGCAGUACCACGAUUACAGACAAAACCAAGUGAUUCAAUAAGCUUUGAACUCUUGUCUAUAUAUCUAUCUCAUACGCACUGUAAAUGCAUAUACUUACACACGUUUAUUUAUUGACUAAUGAUGAUGUCAUGUGUCAUUGUUGAGGGGGAAAAACGUGUGAAUGGAAAGGCAGUAGAGGUGGAUAAAGAAGGAAGGAUGACCAAUGAAAACAACGUAUGACUUCGGAGGUGUGUUUAGGUGUUCUUAACGGAAUGUGUUGUUUGGAAAGGCUGUAUAAUCACCAUGGCAACCCCAACCCCACCCAAACCUCCCUAUUGUAAAAAUGGGUCUACUAAAGAGAAAAAUCAUAUUUAAACGUUUUUUUUUUUAAAUGCUUCAAAUUAUUCUGAUUGGUAGUAUGUAAAGAGAAAGAGAGUCAUUUUUCUUGUGUAUGCCUUAAAGUCCUUGAGAAAGAACCACAGAGAGGGCUGCUGUGUUGGAGGUAUCUAGCGUCUGACUAUGCCUGUGGUCCCUACAUGAUUCUUAUAUAUGUGACGGUGCGUCCAACCAGCCACUUUCCCUGGGUUUCAGUCGGAAAAAGAGUAUAUAUUUUCUCUGGUAAUAGAAAAAAGUAUAUGGCUAUUUUUUAGGGUGGGACUCUUAAAAUUAACCCCAACACAUUUCUUGGUGGCUUUGUAGGCAUUUGUUGGUGUCAGGAGGGACCUUAGGUUCAGAUUGAGCUGUACAGGAAACUAGAGCUGGCAAAAAAGUUAGGGAUUAGGUUUAAACCCUAUAUGUCAAAACCUUGUGGAUUAGGCCUUAGAUUAGGGUUUGUUAGAGCCAAAAUUAUCAACAAUGAAAUUAUGUAAAUGUAACUUUUAAAAAAUAUAUGGGUUUAGCGAAACAGAAAAAGGACGAAUUCACACUGGACAAGAGUUAGGCCUAGAUUCAAUCAGACCAAUAGUUAGCUUGUAAAUGAUACUGUAUUAUUAUUAUUCAAAAUGAUUUGUUGAAAUGUAUUUAGUUCUUCUGUUAUUCUCUUUUGUUGUACAGUUUAAUUUAAUUUUAUUUUUUUGUAAAUUCCUUUGGAUUCUGCAUAAAUAAUUUAAAUAUUUUGUUAGCUCUGAAUUGUAAAUAUAUUUAAUUUCUUCAAUAAUGAUUUUUUUAAAAGAUAGAAAUAGAUAUGAGGUAUGGUUAUGUACAAAACAUUUGGAAGACAUUCCUAGUAUUGAGUUGCAACCCCUUUUGACCUCAGGAUAGCCUCAAUUUGUCGGGGCAUGUACUCGACAAGGAGCUGAAAGUGUUCCACAGUGAUGCUGGCCCAUGUUGACUCCAAUGAUUCCUACAGUUGUGUCAGGUUGUCUGGAUGUCCUUUGGAUGGUGGAUCAUUCUUGAUACACACAGGAAACUGUUGAGCGUGAAAAACCCAGCAGCGUUGCAGUUCUUGACACAAAUCAGUGCGGCCUGGUACCUACUACCGUACUCUGUUUAAAGGCACUUAAAUCUUUUGUCUUGCCCGUUCACCCUCAACGGCACACAUACACAAUCCAUGUCUGAAUUGUAUCAAGGCUUAAACAUCAUUAUUUAACCUGUUUCCUCCCCUUCAUCUACAUGUCUCCUCCCCUUCAUCUACAUGUCUCCUCCCCUUCAUCUACAUGUCUCCUCCCCUUCAUCUACAUGUCUCCUCCCCUUCAUCUACAUGUCUCCUCCCCUUCAUCUACAUGUCUCCUCCCCUUCAUCUACAUGUCUCCUCCCCUUCAUCUACAUUGAUGGAAGUGGAUUUAACAGGUGACAUCAAUAAGGGGAUCACAGCUUCACCUGGAUUCACCUGGUCAGUCUAUGUCAUGGAGAGAGCAGGUGUUCCUAAUGUUUUGUACACUCAGUGUAUAUUAAUACAUUAUUGCAUUAAUAACAAACAUUUGUAAAUGUGAGUUAGUAUCAUGUUAUGGGCAUGGUGAAUGGACAGCUAUGGGGAUAAAUGCCUGCCAAGAGUAUUGUGAUUAUAACAAUGUAUUUGUUAUUGUGUUUUUGGCACAUACAGUGCCUUCAAAAAGUAUUCAUACCCCUUGACUUAUUCCACAUUUUGUUGUGUUACAGCCUGAAUUCAAAAAUGGAUUAAAUAUAUUUUUUUCUCACA